CAUCGCUGCAACCCUGCACAUUGCAUUCGCCACCAAACGGUUGUAGCGCCAUAAAACGGGACGAAUACGAGCGUGAUUCCACUCGCACUCGCACUCGCACUCGCAAUUGCAUCAGGCAGGAAGAUAGCUCGCCAACCCGUCGAUCCAUCGCACAUUCUGCCGCACGAAACACCAGAACCGACAACAGCAACAACAACAGCAACAACCAUGGACGGCUCUGCUUCGGACAGCUUGGUGCCACCGUCCCUGGCAGCGAUGACGGCCCUCCUGGCCCUUGCUCUGCCGCUGGUCUUUUUCCGGGAGCCCCUUCUGCAACUGAUCAACGACUACCGCGUGUACCGGAGGCGCCAGCAGUACCCCCACAUCCUCGUGUGCCGGGAGAAGAAAGGCCUUUCCACCGGUGCCGGUUUUGCCAGCGCCGACGGCUCCCGGACCGGCCGGGACCUGCUUCUUGCGGCUGCUCUGGCACUCGGGAGGGUCCUGGUCUGGUGCUUCGCUUUGCUGUGGAGCGCAUUGUCUCUCGCACUGGGUUGCGUUCUGGCACGCGUUUUGCCAUCGGAAGGGGCUUCUGCUGCUGCUUGCGACCAAGCAGAGGCGGAGGACCAACCCAAACACAAUGCCAAUUUCCCGGGCAGUGCGAAAGCAUCGGCGACAUUCGGGGGGACCGCACCGUCCGAUCCAGCGCUGUCCUUGUCUUUCUCCACCAGAGAGGGCCGGGAAGAGACAAGAGAAACAUCGGAACCCGUGUCGACGUCCACGUCCACGCCGAUGCCGAUGCCCGUGCUGCACGAUGUCGGAGCAAGACGCAACCUGUUCUUGGAGGAGACGGAGAGUGCGCAACCCCAAGAGCAAUGGCAACAAACGAGUAACCCAUCCGCGACCGCAAAACAAUAUUACUACCAGGUCGAUCCGGGGGAAUCGGAACGAAUUCAGGCGUCCUCAUCGUCGUUGACAAUACUACCGCUGCCACCGUCGAAAGAGGUGCAGCCAUCGCCAAUGACCCAGCUAGGUGACCGUCGGGUUCCAAGCCAUGGUGCUAGAAAUGUGGGUACCAGAUCGAUUGCCGUUCGCGGUGAACACGCAAUGGUUCGAAGGAAACCCGCGAAACGCAGGUUGCCAUCCCCAAUGGCAGCUGCUUUGGCCCAACAACCCGUGCAGGACAUCGAUAUCGAUCGGUCUUCCCUCUCCGAAAAAAUGAGGAAGCGGCGACUGAACGGAGAAGCUACCAAGGUGACCACCGGUCUCCCUUUGCAGCAGCAAGGAGGGGACACGAGCCGGAAACGACGAAAACUCAACGGCGGCCGGGCGCCGCUCCAGCGGUACGUCGCGAGGCGUCCGGCGGUGGGGGCCUGGAAGACCGCAAAGCUCCUGGACAAGCGGGAGCGAGAGGAGCGGGAAGAACGGCUCCUGCGCGGGAUGAAUCGGAAGCGGAGCAAACCGGCCGUUCCGAAAUCCACCGAGGGCACCACGGCCGCGAUUCCGAGUGGUUCGGCACCAACAGCGACGAGCACAACGUUAACGACAACGACAGCGACAGCGACAACGACACCUGCAACGACAGCGACAGCAACACCUCCAACGACAACGACAACGACGGCAUCCGCUCCCGCCUUUAGCUUUGGACAGGCACCGGUCGGCACUGCCGCCGCCAAGAGCACCCCAAGCGAGGCACCGGCGGCCCCGGCUCUGCCUUCCACACCGGCACCGUCGUUCCAGUUCGGAGCCACCAAGCCCGCGCCGGCGGAUCCCGCCAAAGCGGAAGGCGGGGCCAACACCAACGGCAGCGGCACGAGCACAGCUCCGGCCAAGCCAGCGCCGGGGUCCACGGCGCCGCCCGCCUUUUCGUUCGGGGCCGCGGCACCGACUCCGGCGCCGUCGGGCGGAGCACCGGCCUUUGGAGGAGCACCCGCUCCGGCGCCAUCGGCACCGACCUUUGGGGCAUCUGCUCCGGCACCGGCGCCAUCGGCACCGGCCUUUGGGACAACAGCUCCGGCACCGGCGCCAUCGGCACCGACCUUUGGAGCAUCUGCUCCGGCACCGGCCUUUGGAGCAUCGGCUCCGGCACCAUCGGCCCAAGCGCCGUCCUUUGGAGCAACACCAGCACCGGCCUUUGGAGCAGCGGCUCCGGCGUCUUCCGCACCGGCACCAUCGUUUGGAGGAGCACCAGUACCGGCCUUUGGAGCCGCUGCUCCCGCGCCAUCCUUUGGAGCAGCACCGGCACCAUCGUUCGGGGCACCAGCUCCCCAGCAGGCGAACCCAAUGUCGUUCGGAAGCCAACCUUCCAAUCCAACAAACUCGCAGUUCUCGUUUGGCAACACCAAGGAAAACCAAGCCCCGGCGCCGUCGAACGGUUUCAUGAAGUCCCAGCCAUCGAACAUGGGCAACCCCCCACCCCUCGGGAUGAAGGGCGGCUUCUCCAUGGGAGCCGGCGGAGCUCCGGGCUUUGGGGGAAGCAACGCCGGUGGUUUUAGUGCCGGAAGCGCACCCGUCGUGGCCAGCGGAACCGCUAGUGCUCGACGAAUGGCGCGAAAGUCGAGAACCCGCCGGAGGUAGGAGGGAGCAGGAGCGGAGGAGAACGGAACGGGACAACGGGCACUCGGCUAGCCGUACCAUGCGAGUACCCAAUCACUGGCACACCGGCAGCGCCGGCCAAUCUCUGGGACGGGAAAGGCAGCACGCGGCACCACACAGCAAAACAAUUCAAUACACAACGGGGAAAAUU